GUCCAUUGGGCCAAUGCAACUAUGAUUUGGCGUGAAUCUUGGUUACAUCCUUCCCUAAUCCUGAGCGGCAUUUAUCAUGCCACUAUCGAUACCCCUCAGCCUUGCAUCACGACAUUCUCAGCACUGUUGAGGGACUUCAUCAGAUUAGUCUGCAGCACAGCCGCAUCCUGAUCGGAAUCCUAUCGGACAUAGCGCCGGAGUCCGGGGCAUACCUCGGAGUGAAGAAAUCAAGAUGUUUCUCAGCAAUUGUUGAUGGCGAACAAAUAAAUAGGGUUGUGGGAGCUGUACUCCGCAACAGGCAGAAACGCACAAAACGUCUCGACACCUCAGACAAUCUACUAUCGUCGGAGACCACACUUUCAGUCAGCACAAUGUUGUUCAAGAACUCUGCUAUCCUUCUUUCUGCCAGCAUGCUGGCCAUGGCAGCUCCCACGCCUAAGGUGAACGAUGUCGCUGCUCGUGGUGAAGCCUAUGACGGUUUCGUCGGCUUUGAAUACGCCAAGGGUCUUGAAGACACCAAAAUUGCCGCUCGUGAUGAAGCCUAUGAUGGCUUCAUCGGCUUCGAAUACGCCAAAAGUCUUGAAGAUAGCAAGGUCGCUGCUCGUGACGAAGCCUAUGAUGGGUUUGUUGGGUUUGAAUACGCGAAAGGCCUCGAGGACACCAAGGUCGCCGCUCGCGAUGACGCAUAUGACGGCUUCGUCGGCUUCGAGUAUGCCAAGGGCCUUGAAGACAGCAAGCUGGCUGCGCGCGAUGAGGCCCUCGAUGGCUUCAUCGGUUUCGAAUACGCCAAGGGCCUAGAGGACACCAAGGUCGCUGCUCGUGGUGAAGCCUAUGACGGCUUUGUUGGCUUCGAAUAUGCUAAGGGCCUUGAAGAAGCCGAGAGGGCUUAGAGACAACUCCGCUACACUGAACUUGAAUCCCAUCAACCCGCAAAUCGGUCGAAAAAUCGUUCUCUGUUGUACACAUCGAACCUUCAAUGGGAGACAGGGGUAUUUAUGAAAAUAUGGCUAUGACAGAACUGGACUAUGGAAAAAGGCUAUCAAUUCAGAGAACUUGGAAUUUCCAGGAUGAUUUAAAACGUUUAAAGAUAAGUACUGAUGACCGCGUGCAAGCUUUCUUCUAUAUCCUGAGCGUGGAAUACAAUCUUGCAUUAGGACUGCAUUGGGUUACCGGCCUGUCGGAAUAUAUUUUUUCGGACAGGUUAGCCGAACUACUAACUUCA